AUGGCGCCCCGGGAAGUUCUAAAGAAAAUGCCGAGUGGCAGCUGGGGUGCCGGUGGCUGGGGAGCAGGCGGCAAUGGCAAGUAUCCCCAACCCACCGCGGCCGAAUGCGAGCAGAUCCGCCAGGAUUUUCACAAGCUCCUGAUCCAGAAGUACGGAACCAUUGCAGGUGCCUGGAAAGUGAUCGACGCCAACCAGGACGGGAAGCUGUCCUUCUUCGAGUUCAUACGCGGCUGCCAGAGCAUGGGCGUGGGUCAAGGUGCCAGGCGCCUGUUUGGCGCGCUGGACUUAGACCGAUCGGGCUUCAUCUCGAUGGCAGAGAUUGAUCCGCCGCUGGCGGAGAUGAUGACGAGCCUGUCCGUAACCAUCUGGUCCGUUUUCGGCACUGUGGAGAAGGCUUGGGUGAAGUGCUUCAACACGAAAGGCAAGCUGAGGAUCUCGGAGGAGGAGUUCAUUGCCGCUACGCGGGAGCUCGGGUUCCGAGGCAAUGCCUCACACCUUUUCGGUGAGUUGGCGACUGAGAAGGCUAGCACAGGCAUUUCGCGUGGGGAGUUUGGCUUCCUUCACAUCUGGAUUGCAAACGGACAGCCUGAUCGCAUCGGCAGCGAGGAGAAGGAGUCGCGUUGGGCAAAACCGGUCGAGCAGUGGUUGCCUCCUGUGAGCCCACCCGAGGAGAAAGACUGGCGCAGGCAGUUCAAGAUGCUCCUGCUCAAGUCCUACCAGAACUACGUCCGCGCCUGGCGUCAGGGCCUGGACAGGGACAGAAACGGGCAGCUGGACUACAACGAGUUCAAGCUGGCAGUCAAGGAUGUUGGGUUCGCCGGGAACGCGCGUGAACUGUGGCACCAGCUGGAUGAGAACGGCAAUGGGGUCGUGAGCCUCUGGGAGCUUGACCUCGGUACCGCCGAACUGCUCCACGACUUUCACGAAUGUGCAGAAGCCAGUUAUGGCUCCUGGGAGGCGACGUGGCACGAGGUGAUGGACCUUAGGGGAGACGACCGGGUGAAGAUGGCCGACUUUCGCUACGGGUGCCAGGCCAUGGGCUACAAGGGCGACAUCAACCUCAUGUUCGACCUCCUCGACGUGGACCGGACGAAGUUCUUAACCUGGGCCGAGACAGCUUGGAUUUCCGGAGCGGAGAUACCGACAAGCCCACCUCAACGUAUCGACGUGGGCAUGAAGACGAUCUCGGGGAACUUCGCCAAGCUCACAAAGCAGCAGCAGAGGCGAGCAGACGCCGUGGCUCGCGACUUCCGCGUCCGCACGAAGCGCUUUGAGGGCCGCGCGCGGGGCGAGCUGCCCGACAGCAGCCCGAAUGCCGGCACCAGCAUCUUCUCGCGUGGCUUGAAGUUCAAUGAGCACCUUCCCAAAGCUCGGUCCAUGGGCGCCCUGCCACCUUCGAUGGCCUCCACCACGACUUCUUGGCGCAGCCAGAAGUCCGCCGAGCCAGAGCUUCCAGAUUGGCUGCUGAUCUCCGAGGGCCGCCUGCGGUCGCCGCAGCCGAAGCCCAAGGUGGACCUUUCCUUCCCCCUGGCGCCACAGUGCCCAGGCAAGGGCGGAUGGCCGUGUCGAAAGCUGCGGCUUGUCGACACCUUUUGGGGCGGAAGCAAGGACAUCGGCAAACUCCUAACUCCGCUGAGCCAGGGGGCCGUCUUGCCAGAAGACCUCGAACGAUGGCAGAAGAUGAGUAUCGAGGAUUAA